CCUGGGCAACCUCAAAAGCCGUUUAACGGCAACAACCAUCAACUUUAAUUGAUUUUAUUUAUUUUCCUUUUUUUUUCUGUAAUUCUUUCAGACACCUGAAUUUCAAUCGAGUCGAUUGAUAGAAAGAAGAGUUGAUGGCCACAGAGACUAAGGCUAGUGUGGUGAAGGCGAAGUCCUCAAGCAAUCAAGAUGGCUCUUCCAAAGGGAAGAUUGAUUUCACCAACAAGAAGAAGAUUGAUAGCUCAGGCAAACAUCAACCGCCCGAUUCAAAGCAAAACAGAUCGGUCUCUACCGUCACAAAAACAGAGAUAAAGUCAAAAGCAAGUUCAAGUUCCUCAAAAACAACCGUGACAACAACCACUAAAGUAAGAGAGAAGAAAGUGUUCACAUUGCCUGGACAGAAGUAUGAUCCUCCUGAAGAGAGAGAACCAUUAAGGAUAUUCUAUGAGUCGUUGUCAAAACAGAAACCAUCAAGUGAAAUGGCAGAAUUUUGGAUGAUGGAACAUGGAUUGUUGUCCGCAGAUAGAGCCAAAAAGGCAUAUGAGAAAAAGCAGAGAAAACAAAAGCAACAGCGGAUGGGAACUCCAGUUAAACCUUCAAAACCGCUCAUCAGCAGUAAGCCUGAGACUUCACAGAAGCAGCAACAGGCAUCCAAAAAUGGCGAUGUUAAAGCCAAAAAAAGAUUAAACAAUGAUAGUGACGACAACGAUGACGACUUCAUUUUAAGCCCCAAGAGAAGAAAGGGUUAACAAACUAAUGUCCGCUCUCUUAUUGGAACUGUGUACGUCUGGAAAUUGCCUCAUUUAGAUUUCUGACAUUUAACUGCCAAAAAAAGCUGAAGUUGUGAAACAAUCAAAAUGUUACAGCUAGAUAUUCUUCAUAUUGUUGAUUUCAUAGAAGCAAUAAGCACAACAAAAUUCUGAAUUUAUGUUUAUUUCUUGUUCCUCUAGUCUCCGACAUGAGAAUGUUGGUGAAUUUUUAUGCUAAUGCCAGUCGAUUAUGUAGCAAUUCUAACAGACCGGUGCUUGCUAGAA